UCAGUGAAAGUGUUGUCUAAUUGGCGAUGGAAGGAAGAAUUUUUUUUGUGAUUAAUUGGCAUUGCAGGAUUAACUCGGAAUCUGAUUAAAUGAUUAAACGAAUAAUUGAAUAACAUAAUCAAUUACUAUAAUGGAGUAAUUACUACAUAUCUAAAGCAGAACCAACACUGAAGUCCGGAGGGCGAUCAUCGGACAUAACACCUGGGACCGUCAUUACUUCGGUUUAGUCUGCACCUUGUGAAACGCGUAAUUGCAAAUGAAAAUUCUGCCUUUUAUUGUAGAGUACAUGUUAACGAUUUGAGAAGAAACAAAACCACUAUAGUGAUCUACUUCUUGGAUAACAAGUGCGUGUUUAUAUACUGAAAGGCAUGGUUGAACAGAUGAGGAUUUAUGUAAAGGAAGUUCAUGUGGAAUGCCGUACGAAAUUUAAGUAUGAUGAUAUUCAUACCCAGACAUGACCGUCAAAUGUUUCUUGAGCGUUUUACACUGAGCUCCUUUGCUCGGAUACUGGUGCCCUUAUUCUUCCUGACAGUUAGUCGAAUACUGGUUUCAGGGUCCAAACAGCAAUCAAUCCCAGUGAAUUUGCCUUUAUUUCGAGAAACUCCGUCGGACUAUACGUUUUCUGAGGGUGAUUUAGCAGUCCUCUAUUGCUCCAUCCAAAACCUGGGCGCCAAAACGGUUGUGUGGCGCAAAGCUACUUAUUCCCAUCCGUUGACAGUGGGUCCAAUGAUCUACACACCGGACACGAGGUUCCAGAUUUCCCACGUCUCUGGAAAAGACGAAUGGAAUCUUCUCAUUAAGAAUGUUACCCCCGACGACGCAGGGAUGUAUGAGUGUCAGGUUAGCACCAAGGAGAAGUACUUCCGAAAGUUGAUACGGGUUACAGUUAUAGAAAGGCCAUUCUUGGAGAAAGUUAUAACAAUUCAAGGUCAGGACAACGUUAAAAAAGGUGAAACUCUGGAAUUUUCUUGUAAUGCAACAAACGGACAACACCCGCCACAAGACAUUGAAUGGACUAAAGAUGAGGCCAAAAUAUUUCCUGAUAAACUAGGGCGGAUAAACAUAACAAAGCACAUAUCAUACGUUACAAACUCUAUAGUGAGCAAUUUGACUAUAAAAAGAGCGACAUUGGAUGACAAAGGAGUAUAUCUCUGCAGGACAGAUGACAUGACCAGGAACGUCACUGUAGACGUGAAUGGUGAGGGUUCGGAAAAUGUGAAAAGGACAAUUACACAGGACGCACCAGCGACUACAUCUUGUGCCACGUCAUCAACAUAUGCGCUCUACGUAAUAGUGUUCCUUGUACAUUGUUCGCUUAGACAUAAUCAAAUGCUAUACAUGGUAUAGCUAUUAUAAGCAUGCAGUACUUAAAACUUUAUAUAUUUUGACAAACGUGUAUGCUUUUCCUUAUGUACGUAUCAAGAAUAUAGUAAUUGUCUUUGUUCUUUUGUUGAUAUGAUACCUCAAAUUCAUAUUUUUAUUGAUAUACCAUUUAUAUGCAUCACAAUUAUCAUUAAAAAACAUAUAGCUAUCAUUUAAUUCUAAUUUUUUUAAACGCUUGUUUACUUAAAGUAUUCAUUAAGGUUUCUGACAUGUGCGGGUACAAUGCAAUUGAAAUAUGAAUAUACCCUGUUGGUAUGAACUAUUAUGAUUAAUUAUGUUGUUUGCGUUUAACACAAGACUUAAAUUGGUGAUAAGAGUAUCUCACUUGGUGAGUGUUCUCGUUUUCAAUAUUUAUCUAAAAUUAUUUGUGAUUAGCUAUUUUAAAUAAAUAUCUUGAUCUAUAUUUUUAUGUUGAUUAUAAGUUGACAUCUGAGGACUAAAACUUACAAACGACACAAGUUCAAAGAUAUGUAAGCGCUAAACUAUUUUUGGUUUGGCUGGGAUAACACAACACUACUUUUGUCAUAAGAAGCCAUAACGACUAUGAGACAGUAAGAAUACCAUGUUACAAGGUGAAA